AUGCACAACGCACAGCACAGACUCAGGCAUCAGUUUACUGGGAGGUCUUCAGUGGAAAUGUACCGGCAGUGCCUCCUUGCUGGGUGUCGUUGUGUGGAGCUCGACUUCUGGAAUGGCCGGACUGAUGAGCCCGUCAUUGUUCACGGCUAUACACUUGUGCCUGAGAUCAGUGCUAAGGAUGUUAUUGAAAGUAUUGCAGAGUCAGCCUUCAAAACGUCAGAGUGGCCAGUCGUUCUCUCAUUUGAAAACCACUGUGGGCCGCGGCAACAAGCCAAGAUUGCGAGUUAUUGCAGGGAAUUCUUUGGUGAUAUGUUGUUGGACUCACCUCUAGAAACUUUUAAGCUUGAACCAAAUAACCCCCUCCCCCCACCAUCAAGUUUGAAACGUAAGAUUAUUAUUAAGAAUAAGAAAAAACACCGCACCCACCACCACCACCACAAAAAGAACGCACAGGGUGGAGAAUCGCAGUUCCACGUCGACCUCAACCAGACAGGUGAACCAAGACACACAGAGAUGCAGGGCAACGGAGAGAUUCCUAGACCCCCACUUGAAAAAGAGGGUUCGCGAGAGUCGUCUGAGGAGGAGAAUGAGGUUGCUAAUGGUGAAAUACCUGAUGGAGGGGCUUUGGAGGAAGUGGAGAGCUCGAGUUCCGAGGAGGAUGAAGGGCCUCCCACCCCAGAUGGAGUGCACCCCAGGGAGAGGACAAGCAGUGUAAGCAAUUUGACGGAAGGAAGUACUGCCAAUGCUGAGGAGGAAGCGGGUGCAGAAAUAUCUGCCCUAGUCAACUAUGUACAACCUGUUCACUUCCACAGCUUUGAGGUCUCGGGAAAGCGAGGGAGGAGCUAUGAGAUGUCUUCCUUCGUGGAGACGCAGGCAAGCAACUUAUUGAAAGAAAGUCCAAUGGAAUUUGUAAACUACAACAAGCGACAGUUAUCUCGAGUUUACCCUCGAGGAACACGAGUCGACUCUUCCAACUUUUUACCACACCAGUUCUGGAAUGCUGGCUGUCAGCUGGUUGCACUGAAUUACCAGUCCUUAGAUCUUGCAAUGCAGUUGAACUUAGGCAUAUUUGAGUUCAAUAACCGAUCAGGUUACCUCCUAAAACCAGACUUCAUGAGAAGGCCAGACAGACGGUUUGAUCCCUUUGCUGAAUCAACUGUCGAUGGUAUCAUUGCUGGUACUGUUUCUGUUAAGCGGUCUUGCUCCUCAGGUCGGCAGAACUCUAUCUCGGCCAAGGGUCACAUGAACACUAAGACAAGUGACGAUAAACCUGAACGGGAAAAGGAGUCUUCUCUCACUCUUCUAGAAACAAGCAAGCUUGUUAUUGAAGCAGAAUCAUUAGAAAAACUCUGGAGUGGCAAAAUUGUAAAAGACAAGAAACUGGAAUUUGAUAAGAGUUUAGAAAAAUUGCGGAAAAAGCAUGAAAAGGAGCGUCAGAACCAGAUCCAGCAGCACGAGAAGAAGAGGGGUCAGAUACAGAAGUCACACACCAAACUCGUAAAGAAACUCUCCUCCAACAAGCCUGUAGAGCCCACCGGACGAGAGGCAACCCAGGACCUUAAUACAGUGCAGGAAGAGCUGGAAAGUCGACUGCAAGAGGAGGACAAGUUGCACAAGACCAGCCUUUGUGAAUUAAGCAUGGAACACCUAAUAGCUGAGAAGAAAUUACAAGAAAAGUACCAUGACACGAUUUAUGCUGCACUAGACAAAGCAAUGAAGAUGUCUCAGGCAGAACAGUUAAAAAAAUUACAGACCAUACAUGAUAAACAAGUCGAAGAUAUAAAACGAAGAACUGAGGAGCAACACAGAGAGAAGCGAAAGGGACUUGGAAAGACAACAGUAGACAAAGAGGAAUUAAGCAGGAUAAAGCGUGAGAUCAGUAAACAGAUUGUCGCAGAAGGUAUUCAGGAGAGACAAAAGCUUACUGAUAUUCAUGAAAAGAAGAAAACUGAAUUGGAAAAACAGCAUGAAGAUGUCCGAGCACAAUUUGAAGAAGACAAACAAAAGGCCAGAAAUAAUAUUGACCUGGAAUAUGAGGAAAAACGCACAAAACUGGAAGAAGGUCUCUCCUCGUAGACUUUUUUCAGCACAGGUUGAAGACAAAUGUGCACCAGUAUUAGAGAUGAGGGUUGCUGACUGUACAGAGAACACAAAGUGCAAUGUUCCUUAGCAGUGGGCCCUUUUAUUUACGCAGAUGACAGUCUUGAUGUCACGCCCCACACCCCCCCACCCCUUCCCACCUCCCAGCAGGUUCUUUUUCCCGAGUUUGUGAUUGGCUCAGCCUGACCCCCGAAGGUCAUUUGUUAGAUUAUUACCGAUGUUAAUACUAGCUGGCACCUGAAUAAAUGAAAAGGUCGUAUAUUUGUGGGUCGUUCGUUACUAAUCAGUGUCUAGAUAAAAAACCACUAGUGCUACCCAUAUGAGCCAAAUGUGUGUUUAGAAUUUAUGUGAUUGUGGGUUUAUUAUGUACAGUGUAUUUCAGAUGAGAAUUUUUAUAUUUGCUGUAAAAUAGAAUCCUGACAGUAGAGGCAGAGAGUGAGCAUGAGAGCUCAUAUUGUUGGAAAUUAAUUAAGAAGAUAAGGGUUUGUUCAUUGGGUCAAGAACCCUUGGUACGAUUUGGAAAAGAUUCAACACAUGUGGUUAUUAGAAUGAAGGAAAAGACAUAUGAAUGGUAGAUUUUUCUGUAGUUUUAAAGUUUUUGUUGCGAGAGAUAUAUUUAUUGAUCUUAUACGUAUUUUGUAAGUUUUUAUUCUCCAGUGUACCAUGUGCAUUCGGAUACAAAUUAAGUUAUUUUGUAUGGGAACAUGACCAUUUUCCAUGCAUCUUGUAGUUUUAGCAUCAUACAAAUCUUGUCAAGUAUUUUGAUCAGGUUUAGUUUCAUGUUUUGCCAUUAGGUGCCAAUAUUUCUUUUCUUCUAUUAUGUUUCAUGAAACAUAUUGUGAUAAACAAAAAACUGUAAAAGAUGUUGAUUUUGAAAUUGAGUUCAUAUCAUCCUUCAUUGUAUCAUUCAAGUGUUUAUUGCCAUAUUCUUAAUGAAUUUUGUUGUUAUUUGUUCAUGUGGAUAAACUUUACAGUUUGUCUUUGUCGGGAAAAUUAAGUGAUUAUGCCCUAAUACAGUAUUUUUGUAAAAAAGAAAAAAUAAUUCCCUAAUUAGUUGUGAUCAGAAUAUAUUGUUUGUGAUUUCAAAGAGCUGUAAACAAUCAUUAGAGGUAUGUUGAUAUUGUCAUUUAUUGUUGAACAGUGUAUAUAGCUAUGUCAUUGAAUUUUUAAUAUGAAUAUAAUCAUUAGCAUCAGUAACAUUAUGGAUGCAAAUUUAUGUUGUAAUUGUAUUAGGUAUUUCUGAAAUGAAAAUAACGAUAACGAAGGCUGCGUUAAAACAAUUUGCCUCUCAAGUGUGGUAUCUCCUUUAUGCUUUCCAAUAGGAGAAUAUUUUGUUUUUGACAAUUGAUGAGGAGUGUUCGUGCUGAAAGUUCUCCUUGUCAGAAACGGAAAGAAGAGGCUGUACUCAGGUUUCGAUCGUCUGAGACAUGAAGAAAUGAAGGGGAGUCAUGCCUAAUACCUUGCAUAAACCCAGAUGGGAAAGAACCACUUUUAACUGAGGUUUGUUGUGAUACAUUGACAGAGGAGAGUCACAGGGAGCUAACAUUUUACGAGUCUGGGAAAUUUGUUUUCACUCUUGCCCAUUUGUAAACCUCUGAGAUAACCACUUCUCAUCAAUUGUCGAUCGCAGCCAGAUGAUUCUAUGCAGAUGUAGUGUCACCAUAGUUAUAACUUGCCUUUCUACUCCUUAAAAAACAAGAAGCUCUGUCCAAUAGUACAGGUGUUCAGGGGUCCAUUCCAUUAAAAAUAAAAGCAUGGGUACAGUCAACUCUAGUCCAUCAAAGCUUUGGUAUUUCAUUGUGAUAUGAAAGGGAAAAAAAAAACGACUAAAUAUGUAGGUCCCUUUGGUGUGAACUUUGAGCUGUUUUGGAUGAAUUUUCAAGCAGUAUCUGUCAUAGGUAUUCACUGAACUCCUUACAUAUGAAUAUGUAAUGGGAUUAGUUGGUGUACUGUGGAGUGGAAUAUAGUAAAAGUUCCAUGUUAAUCUAGUUUGUAUCACCUGUUGUGAUAGUUCUUUUUAACUAGGAAGGCUGAGAUGGGGCCAACAAGUUCCAACUGUCAGUUUUUUUGCUCAAUAAUUGUUGAAGGAUUACUUGUUAAAACUUUCCUGCUGUAAUUAUAAUAUAGAGACACUUUCAAGGACAAUAAAUUCCAUCUUACAGGCACUUCUUAGCUUUAAAAGAGAAUGUUAACCUAUUGUACUUUGUUCAUGAUUUUUCUUGGGAAGAUGAAUGGUUAAGGUAUAAAAAUGCAUUUAUGUUGUAAAUUUGUGUCUUGCAUUGUAAUUAUUUGGAUAUAUGAAUAUAUUUUCUGUAUAUGAUACACUCAAGGAUCACAGUUAAUUCUUAAAGAAAUGGUCAUUGGAAAACUCCAAAGUCAAUGAAUUGUGGGCUUUUUUCAUACGAUAGACCUUUGAUACUAUACACCUACUUUUGCUUAAAUGUUCCCUUGUUGACUUGAGCUCACAUUUUUUUUAAUGAAAGGAAAAAAAAAUAAUCUUCAAAAUAGUAUUCUGAUACUAUUGUGUUCAAGAAUGCCUGUAUGUAUGUCAACACUUCUUUUUCAUACAGAUUUUUUUUAUUUAUACAGAAUUAACAUACCACUUAUCCUCAUGAAUACAUGUUCUCAUAGAAAAAUAUGUGUACAUAAAUAACCUGUUUGUUGUCCUGUAUUUUAAUUUUUUAAUAUAAACAGAGUAUUA